UGAGAGCGACUGAGUGAUUUAAAGUUUAAGAGCAGAAGAUCAUUUUGAAACAUGGAGCUGUCGAAUAUGACUGAUGAGACAGCCGAGCCAUUCUCACCUCUGUCCAACUGCACUGUGGACACCAGCUACCGCUUCACCUUCUAUCAAGUGUCCUACACUAUCAUCUUCCUGCUAGGGUUGGCCACCAACAGCCUGGCUCUACGCAGACUGUGUCUCUCUCCCUGCACCAUGAACAGCACAGCCAUUUACAUGGUCAGCCUGUCAGCUGCCGACAUGUUUUUUGUAAUAUCCCUGCCCCUGAGAAUCUACUACCACCACCAGAAGGCCAGGGCCCUGUCCUCCAAGGCAGGAGACCCCCCCAGUUGGAGUCCUGGGGUGGCAUACUGCCACCUCACUUUCACCCUCAAAUACAUCAGCCUGUAUGGGGGCAUCUUCUUCCUGGUUUGCAUUGCUGUGGACCGUUACUUUGCUGUAGUGCAUCCUCUGGCAUCGACACUCCGCCGGCUGCGUGUUGCACAGCUGUUAAGUGGGGGGAUCUGGUGCCUGGUGCUGGGACUCAGUGUGAGUCUGCCUCUGCUGCGCUCUGCAGCUGCUCACCAGCACCAGCCAUGUCUGUGGGACCCGUCCUUGCUACGCCACCGCACCAUUAUCCUGGUAGCUCUGGGCUUGGUCCUAGGGUCAUUUCUGUUGCCCACUGUGCUGCUCCUCUACAGCUACUGCAGAGUGCUGACUGUGCUUCGCCAGCCGAGACACCGCUCCCGCAGCCAGCGCCGCAGCCGUCAGCACACUCUCACAGUUAUUUACUGGGUGUUGGGAGUCUUCCUGCUCUGCUUCGUGCCCUAUCACAUCAACCUCCUGGGAUACACCCUCACACAUGUGGGGCUGCUGCCCCAUUGUGGCCUGGCCAAGGUGACCAAGGCUGUGCACCCUGUGGUGCUAUCACUAGCAAGUGCCAACUGCUGCCUCAACCCACUCAUCUACUAUUUCUCCAGCAGCCUGGUGCACAAGGAGGUGCCCAGCGGUGGAGUCAGUGGCAGCCAGUGA